CACUCUUAUCUUCGCCCACUUCAAAGAAAGGUCAACUUCAGUAGCAUGUCAAGAAAAUGCUCAUUAUCUGAUUUCCUUUUUGCAGGAAAAUGGCUCUUCUCGGGUUUCUCUUGGUGGGCAUUCUCUCAAUGGUCUCAGCUGUGAAUGGGUAUUAUGGUGGUUGGAUUAAUGCCCAUGCCACCUUCUAUGGAGGUGGUGAUGCUUCUGGGACAAUGGGUGGAGCUUGUGGAUAUGGAAACCUGUACAGCCAGGGGUAUGGGACCAACACUGCAGCAUUGAGCACAGCUCUUUUCAACAAUGGCCUCAGCUGUGGCGCCUGUUUUGAGCUUAGGUGUGUGAAUGAUCCCCAGUGGUGCCUCCCUGGCACCAUUGUCGUCACUGCCACUAACUUCUGCCCACCAGGAGGCUGGUGUGAUCCUCCCCAGCAACACUUUGAUCUCUCUCAGCCUGUCUUCCAACACAUUGCUCAGUACAGAGCUGGGAUUGUCCCUGUCGCUUACAGAAGGGUUCCCUGCAGAAAAUCAGGAGGCAUCAGGUUCACCGUCAAUGGCCAUUCCUACUUCAACCUUGUCCUCGUCACCAACGUGGGGGGCGCCGGCGAUGUCCAUGCUGUUUCCAUCAAGGGUUCAAGAACUGCCUGGCAGCCCAUGUCAAGGAACUGGGGCCAAAACUGGCAAAGCAACUCCUACCUCAAUGGCCAAAGCCUCUCCUUCAGAGUAGUCACCAGCGAUGGCCGCGCCAUAGUCUCCUACAAUGUUGCCCCUGCAGGCUGGUCCUUUGGCCAGACCUACACUGGAGGCCAAUUCCGCUAGAAAAUCAAACUAAGUUAAAAACUUUUAGCAGGUUUUUCACCAUAUAAAUAAAUAUAUAUAAAGAUUGCUAUAUAUAUAUAUAUAUAUAUAUAUGCUGAUAUUUAUAUGCCUAAGCUAAGGGUAUGGCAUAAAGACUAAGGUUGGAUAAAGCAAAUGUAUAGUAGAAUAGCUUCAUAUAUGUAAAAAAUGAAAAGGGUCAAUUUUGAAUGGCCCUUUUUUCCAUUGUAAUUUGCUUGUGGCUUUUUGCAGUUCAUGGCUGGCUUUGUGCUGAAAGCCCCUGCCACUGCUGAGGAGGUAGACGUUAAUUUUAUUAUCAGUAAAUGUUCCCUACUAAAUGCUCUAGUAAAGAGUGUUUUUGCUUAGUCUAUGUGAGGUCAUUGUAAUGCAUAUGACUCUGUUGUACUUGAGCCAUUAUGAGAAUGUGAAAGUGAAAAUCUUCAAUUUGGUUAAUGAUAUUUCAAAGAUUUAUCUA